AUGGGUAGCAAACGAAAGCGCGUAGCCAAGGAAGGCGCCAACAGCCUGCAGAACCCCCAGAAGCGCACAAAGAACGAAACCGAUCCGUCAACGAAUGGCGCCAGCAAGAAGACCAAGACCAAGACCAAGACCAAGACCGAAAGCUCGACCAAGACUAAGCCGACCCUCGUCAAGGCCCUCUUCGUGGAGUCACCAAUUGGUGAAGACCGUAAGAGAGAGGCUGAGCUCUAUGAGCUGCUAGGUAGCGAAGACCCCGACGAUCGUAUCGAGGCGGCCGAUUGUAUUGUUGCCAGCUUGUUCGGCACAGACGGAGAGGGCGUUUCUAGUGCCAUUCUGCGACGACAUCUGGAUCGCCGUCUGUUCCGCGGACUCGCAAGUGGUCGUAAUGCCUCCCGACUUGGAUUCAGCUUGGUCCUGACAGAGAUCCUCGGUCAAUUGUACGGAGAGAAGGCGCUCGCCGAAUCAAAAUAUGAGGACCUAGACUUCGACACCGUCCUCGAGAUCUUGAACGAGAAGAUCUCGGUCAUUGGAAACAUUCCUGGACAAGAGGAACGAGACCACUUCUUCGGACAGGUUUUCGGUCUCAUGGCUUUCGCUCAAGCCGGAAUUCUCUUCCGCGACAUCUCGAGAUGGAAUACAGUUCUGGAUCUUCUUCUGAAGCUUGCGGCCAAGAAGGUCUGGCUUCGCUCACAGUGUGGCUGGGUCAUCGUUCAAGCCAUCGAUCAGAUGAGCAAGAAGCAGGCCGAGGCCACUCUGGAGAAAAUUGCAGAAGCGAACCUGGCCAAGACCCCCGAAGGUGUGGCUGUCUGGCUCGUUGCUCUUACCCGAUUCCCCGACCUCAAGGUGAAGCCUUGGCAUGACCCUCUUUCCAAGAAGUCCUUUGGCGAUCUUGCUGCAGUUCUUCGAGAAAGCUUCCAGGACUUUUCCAAGGACCAGCCUGAGCGUGGACAAAAGAACAAGCAGGCGAGCUGGACCGCUCAGCUACACUAUGUCUGGGAUAUUCUUCUGGCCCACUACCUCAAGGAGGGAGAGUCCAAGGCCGAAGAGUUCCAACAGUUCUGGGCUCGUGUAGUGGAUGACUCCUUAUUUGCCAAAAGCGCCACCGAGGGCCAGAAGUUCAAGGGAUUCAUGGUGUUCCAAAAGAUGUUGGAAGGACUUGUCAGCCUCCCUAGCCAUCUUGAGGGUCUCUUCAGCAAGAACCUUACUCUUUGCCUCAUGAACCAAUCUGCCAAGGAGGAUCGAUACCUGCACCGAGCAGCAAUCAAGGCUCUCAAGGCGAUCGAGGCAACAAUUUCAGCUCACCCCUCGACACUUGUACCUAUUCUGGACAGCCUGCUCGGCCAGAACGGCGCCUACAACUUCGACCAGCGAACCAAUACCAAGACCAUCGAUCAUCUCAUACAGAACGUAUCCGAAGAGACUGGCAAAAAGGUCAUCAAGAUUAUCCAAAAGCCCAUCAGUACCAUCGACCAGCAAGAGACAGCGCAAGCUACCUCUACCCUCCGAGUUUACAUCGACUAUCUAUCCAAAACUCUUAACGCCUCGGCUUCACCUGCAUCUGGAAAGAUUCAACAGAAGGUCUUCUCAGCUGCCCUACAAGAACUUUCCCAGCUUGCAUACUCUCAACCCAAGCACAUCCCAGUAGAUGCUCUGACAGAGGGUGUUCGCGAGCUCUGCCGCACUCGCCUCGAGUCUUCAUUUGCCAAGGUUAGCCGAAGGACAGAGGACUACGGCACACUAUGCACUGCCGUUUCCGCUAUCGAUCCUGACUCGGUGGCAAUGUCCGAGGAGAUUAGCGAGGCCGUCCGAAACGCGCUGUCAAGAAUGCAGAAGCUGCUUAAGCGCAAGGCAACAGACGAUAACGAGAAGAGUCUUUUCCAGGCCCUGGCAAUGCUUCACGCAGUGUCUGUCUUCCAACUAUAUAAUGAAGAUCCCGAUGCCAUGGAGGUUCUCAACGAUCUUGCGCAAUACUCAGAUCGUCUCAAGAAGGGCAAGUCUGCUGAGAGUGAGGCUGGUACAUCAGAGUUUCUUGUUGAGAUUCUGCUAUCAUUUGUUGCACGGCCCUCGUCUCUUAUGCGCCAAGUUUCCCAGCAAGUGUUCGAUGCCUUCACACCACAAAUAUCAGCUGGCGGCCUGGAGCUCCUGACUGCACCUCUCUCAUCUAAUGAGAGCACCAAGGGUCAAAAGGAGCUGUUUAACACUGGGGAGGAUGAGAUGGAAGUUGACGAGGACGAGGAGGACGAAGAGGGAACAGACGCAGAUGAAGAGGAUAACUCAGAUAUUGAGAUUGACUCUGAUGUGGAGUUUAUUGAUAUCAACGAGGCCAAUGAUGAAAGUGGGGACGAAGAUGAGGACGAGGAUGAAGAUGAAGAUGAUGAUAAGAACGACGGUGAGUUUGACAAGCCUGAAGAGUUGGACGACGCCCUUGAGAAGAUCCUCAAGAGCCACCGACUAGACAAGGACGUCGAGGCCGAGUCUUCGGAAGACGAGGGUGAUAUGUCCGACUCUGAAAUGUUCGCCAUCGACGAGCAGCUUGCCGCAGCCAUCAAGCCUCGCAUCCAGGACCGAACAAACGACUCCAAGAAGCAGAAGAAGGAGGCCAAACAGUCUGUUGUCAACUUUAAGCACCGCAUCCUCGAUCUCCUCGACAUCUACGAUAACGCACAUGCGUACGCCAAGGCCUGCAGUGCAGCAAGUCUCAUCGUCGUGUCGGCUCUCUUCGCCGCCGACAAGGCCAACAUCAAAGAAGUGAUCGCCGUGUACGCCCAAACAUGGGAGACCUGGGUGCUUCGUGAGACAAAGCCUCAGUCGUCUUUCUUCCUUGACUGGUACAACUGGUCUCAGAACACAGCCUCUCAGGCUUAA